AUGAUCGUUCAAAGAACAAACUGUGAGCGGCUGGGGAUCACAGAUUUGCUGGACUGUGCUCCUCCGGCAGAGGAAGCAGCAGCCAUGGGGAACUCGCAUGCCACCCAGCAGGAAACUAAUAAAACCAUCACAACCAGCACCAAAGCCAUCAAGCAGCUGUCUGAGAUUGUCAGAGGCUCAUCCAGGCAAGAACGGCUUCAGCUGGACAGGCUGAAGAACCAGCUGUCAGAUGCCAUCCAGAGAUACGGAGCUGUGCAGAAAAAAAUAGCAGAGAAAUCCAAAGCUUUGCUUCCUACUGGGCAGAGAAGCACCAAACAGCAGAGCCCUAAGACCCCCUUCUCUGACCUGCCUGAUGAUGAGAAGAUCUUUAACGGAGGCGAUGGCGUGUGGCAGAACCAGGGCCAAGACCAAGCCUUGCUCUCGGAAAUCACGGAGGAGGAUUUGGAAGCCAUCCGCCAGAGGGAAGAGGCCAUUCAGCAAAUUGAGAGUGACAUGUUGGAUGUGAACCAGAUCAUCAAAGACCUGGCCUGCAUGGUGCACGAGCAAGGAGACACAAUAGAUAGCAUCGAAGCCAACAUUGAGGCCUCUUCUUCUAACGUAGAAUCAGCCAAUGAGCAGUUGGCAAAAGCAAGUCAGCACCAACUACGAGCCAGGAAGAUGAAGUGCUGCCUUCUCUCCAUUGCUUUGGCUGUUCUGCUGCUCAUUGUCAUAAUCAUCGCAGUCUCCGUCAAGCGCUGACCUGGCUGGGGUUUGCACAGAGCCUGUGGUCACCCUGGGAAGUGGAAUGGAUUCUCAAGGCAUUGCACAUUCAGGCCCCGCGUCCGUGUCUGCGUUACUGAUCACGUCAUAUUAAACCCGCUAUAGCCAACAAGCACUAAUUGUAUGAAAGAAGAGCUAAGUUUUAUACUGUGUGUUGUUAUCAUUUGUGAAUAAUUUUGCCUGUUUUUCUCCCUUUCAUCACAGGCGUGUUUUACCUUAUGUUACAGAUUUUAAUUAUGUCCCCUGUAUCUGAGGUAUUCUAUUUCUUUGCCUCCAAAUUUGCUAUACAAUGUGCUGUAAGAUAAGUAGCUUUUAAUCCAUCUCUAUUGUUUGUGUUUUUAACAUGCUCCUGAUCUCUAAUUCUGCUCAUUUAAAACUGUGAAAGUCAAGAUGUUUGUCUGGUUCUUUUUUUUUUUUUUUUUUUGUUACUGUUUUUGUACGUUUAAAAAUUAAUUUAGCUCAGAUUCCCCUGCUGUGCACUGCUGCUUUAGAAUUUGCUCUGCUGGAUCUGAGCUAAGCACUUCCACAAUUACAUAUGCCAUUUACAACACAUGAAUUAGAUGCUUAUUUUAUCCCACUGUAUGCAGAGAACACCAUAUUUAUUCAUGAGAAACAUCACUGAAAGAGCAGGACAAAUAAACAAAAUACACUAUUAUGACUUUUUGGUGGCCUUUAAAAAAGACCAAGCAAAAUAUCUCAUGAAAAAUGCCAGAUCUUGCUCUAGACUUCAUUUAAUAGGCUUCAAUGCAACGAACAUUUGUGAUUUUGUUCCAUUUUCAUCCACAAUGUUUUCUCUUGACAUGAUUGAAAGUGCCAUUUAAAUUAAUCUUUAACUGUCGUGUAUUAUAAAUGCAGUUUUCCUCCAGAAAAUAAAGUAUUUAAAAAAUGGUUUUAAUU